CAUGGGAUUGGUUUCGUUGCCCUCAACUUCAUAUAGCUCCCGUCUCUCUAUAAUUAUCACUAGCAUCGCCCCCUUCGUCCGCCUCUCUUCCUCUUUCUCACUCUCCACCGGAGAUAACUUUUGCCAACUCCUGGCCUUCACCGGCAUUUGCCUUCGUCCCCAAACGACCUCAAUUUAAAUUUCAAAUCCGUUUCACAGAUACCAACGCCAGAGAAUUCGAAGAGCUAUACGAAUCAAACUAGAGGCGUGCAACUCAAGAAUCGAACAUACCAUAACCCGCCGCCAUAGGAGUAGGGUUGGAGCUCAAACCCUCAUUUAUUCUUCGCUUCUGAUAAUAAACACCGCAGUUGGAACACUCGAUUAACAGCAAAAGAUCAUGUUACAAAACAAGUCAUUCGUGCGAAAAACGAAACAAGGGAAAGUUAUCAAGGUGGUCAGAGAACAUUACCUUAGAGAUGAUAUAUACUGUGGGGCUUCGUUUUGCCAAAAUUGUGAUACAAAAAGCGCUCGUUUCAGCUCCCCUGACUCCACAAUCCUUGUUGUUGAUACUAAUGUUGUUCUGAAUCAGAUUGAUUUGCUUGAAAAUCCAGCAAUUGACGAUGUUGUGGUGCUCUCUGUGGUACUGGAAGAAGUCAAGAACAAGAAUCUUGCAGUUUACAACAGAUUGAGAGCCUUAUGUAGCAACACCUUAAGAAGAUUCUUUGUAUUUUCUAAUGAACACCAUAAAGACACAUAUGUGAAGGGUAUGGCAGGAGAAAGUCCAAAUGAUCGCAAUGACAGAGCUAUUAGGGUAGCAGCACAGUGGUACAAGAACCAUCUUGGUGGGCCCACAAGAGUUUUAAUGAUCACAAAUGACAGAGAAAACAAAAGAAAAGCCACUGAAGAAGGAAUUUCAGCAGAUACAAUCGAGUCAUAUGUGAAAUCACUAAAUCAACCAGCUCUUCUUGACCUUCUUGUUCAACCUCAUUUCUCUGAGGAUAUGGAAAUUGAAGACUUAAGGCCUUCAAAGAAGAAAGUCAUAUAUACCGAGCAUAAACCCAUGUCAGAAAUUACAUCUGGAAUCCGAUGUGGAAUAUAUCAUCAAGGAAAACUUCGAGUCAACCGAUAUAAUCCAUUUGAAGCAUACGUUGGAAGUGAAAGUAUUGGUGAUGAAAUAAUAAUAUUUGGGCGUGGAAACAUGAACAGAGCUUUUGAUGGAGAUGUUGUAGCUGUUGAACUUUUACCUCAAGAUCAAUGGCAUACUGAAAAAUCCCUUUCCAUAGCUGAGGAAGAUGAUGAAGAAGAUGACUCCAUUCACCUCGCACCCAACAGUGCAGAUGAUGCUCCAAGAAUUACAAAUUUGCCACAAGGGUCCUCCAUAAAUUCCAAUAUUGCCCCUUCUCGUCCUUCUGGACGCGUUGUUGGGAUUAUAAAGCGCAAUUGGCAUGCAUAUUGUGGAUCUUUGGAGCCUAUGGCUAUGCCAGCUGGCAAUGCGGGAAUUGCACAUGCUUUAUUUGUUUCCAAGGAUCGGAGGUUUCCUAAGAUAAGAAUCCAAACAAGACAACUUGGGAAUCUUCUAGAUAAAAGGAUUAUUGUUUCUGUUGAUACUUGGGAUUGUCAAUCCAAAUACCCUUCUGGUCAUUAUGUUCGUACAAUAGGAGAUAUUGGAGAUCGGGAAACCGAAACAGAGGUUGUGUUAAUAGAGAAUGAUAUAGAUGCAAGACCGUUUUCUGCUCAAGUGUUAUCAUGUUUACCACCAUUACCUUGGUCAGUAUCCCCUGAAGAUCUGUCAAAUCCAAUAAGACAGGAUUUGAGGCAUUUAAGAAUAUUUAGUGUGGAUCCUCCAGGAUGUAAGGAUAUUGAUGAUGCAUUAAACUGUACUUUGCUUCCAAAUGGGAACUUUGAAGUUGGAGUUCAUAUUGCUGAUGUCACGAAUUUUGUCCACCCUGGCACACCACUUGAUAGUGAAGCUACACAAAGAGGAACUUCUACUUACCUUGUUGAACGCCGUAUAGACAUGCUUCCCAAACCUCUUACAGAAGAUAUAUGUUCUCUUCGUGCUGAUGUGGAGAGACUCGCCUUUUCUGUUAUAUGGGAAAUGACUCCUGAAGCACAUGUUAUAUCUACUAGAUACACAAAGAGUGUCAUCAAGUCAUGUGCUGCUUUGUCAUAUGUUGAAGCUCAAGCAAGAAUGGAUGACAGCCGACUUAUGGAUCCAGUAACUAUAGAUUUGCGAAAUAUGAAUACUUUAGCAAAGAUAAUGAGGCAAAGGCGUAUUGAAAGAGGAGCCAUAACUCUUGCUUCUGCAGAAGUCAAAUUCCAAGUUGACACAGAGACUCAUGAUCCUCUUGAUAUUGGCAUGUAUCAAAUUCGAGAAGCAAACCAAAUGGUUGAAGAGUUUAUGCUUGCUGCCAAUGUUUCAGUUGCUGAACAAAUCCUUAAAAGCUUCCCUCAGUGUUCCCUCUUAAGGCGACAUCCUAGUCCAACAAAAGAAAUGCUCGAACCUUUAUUACGCACUGCUGCUUCUGUUGGCCUUGACCUUGAUGUCUCAUCAUCCAAAUCACUUGCUGACUCACUUGACCAGGCUGUGGGUGAUGAUCCAUACUUCAAUAAAUUGAUCCGUAUCCUAGCAACUAGAUGUAUGACACAGGCUGUUUACUUCUGUAGUGGGGAUCUUAGCCCCCCGGAGUUUCACCAUUAUGGGCUUGCUGCACCUUUAUAUACACAUUUCACCUCACCAAUUAGAAGAUAUGCAGAUGUGAUAGUGCACAGAUUGCUUGCUGCAUCUUUAGGGAUAUACAAACUGCCAACCAUAUUCCAAGAUAGACCACAACUCACUAGCAUUGCCGACAAUCUAAAUUAUCGACAUAGAAAUGCUCAGAUGGCAAGUCGCUCCUCUAUUGAGCUUCAUACCAUUAUAUUUUUCAGAAAAAGGCCUACUGACACUGAAGCUAGAAUUGUGAAGAUAAGAGCGAAUGGAUUUAUUGUUUUUGUGCCAAAGUAUGGUAUUGAAGGACCUGUGUACUUGACAAUGAGAGGUGAGAAAGGAGGUGGAGAAUGGGUGGUGGAUGAACAGCAACAGAAGAUCAAAAAGACUGAUGGAUCAAUUGCUUAUGGUGUUCUUCAAACUGUACAAAUCCACAUGGAAGUUGUUGAACCACAACCCAAUCGCCCUAAACUUCAACUCAGUCUUAUUUAACAAUUAUAAUAAUUUAAACUCUGUUUGUUUUAUACUUUUAUAUAAUACUACUUUUAGCUUGUAUUAAGAUUGCAGUAGAGAUAUUAGGACAUACACGCAGUUUUCUACUUGUCAAUGGAUUUUGAGAAUGAUUGUUUAUUUUUAUGUAACAUGAAAAAGGAUAUUUUUUGAGUG